ACCCGAGCAGCAAGGACAACUCAAGCUGCAGAGACAGGUGCAACUGCGCAGGAAGGCGCAAGGCCGGUAGUUGGCUGGUGUUUACUUUCGUCGUCCAUAUAUAGCCGGUGCCUCGCCAUUAGCCAGCUCCAAACAUUCACAAAAGGAAACGAGCUAGCAUUUGGUAGUAGCACACGAACACUAUACUAGAUACUCGAUAUAUUUCCAAGAGGAUGUCUAUGGUGAGGUUCUUGGACACGCUGGCCCUGGACUCGUGGAACCCCUUCGGCAGCAUCUUCGGCACCACGGCGUCCGGCGGCGCCGACGCGUGGCUGGCCAGCGACACCACGGCGUUCGCCGACACCUACAUCGAGAGCCGGGAGACGGCUGAGGCGUACGUGUUCAGCGCCAGGCUCCCCGCGGGGGUCACCAAGGAGGAGGUGAAGGUGGAGGUGGAGGAGGAGGGCAAGGUGCUGGUCAUCGCCGGCGAGCGGACCCUGCGGAGGGAGGCCAAGAACGAGACGCGGCACCACGUCGAGCGCAGCUGCGCCACCUUCUUCGGCAGGUUCCACCUCCCGGAGGACGCCGCGUUGGGCCGGGUCAGGGCCGCCAUGGAUGACGGCGGCGCGCAGCUCACCGUCACCGUGCCCAGGGUCGGUGCCGCCGCCGCCGCCGAGGCCAUGCCUGAGCCGGCAGUCGCCAUCGAGGUCGUCGAGGCCAGCCCGUGCUGAUGGCGAUCGACGCCGGUGCCGACUCCGGCAGAUGUAGGUGCAGUAAUAAGUUGCCGCUCGUAUGAUCUGCUCGAUGGGUCCUCAGGGCGCUGUUCUGCGGCUUAGUUGUGAUGUCACAGUUUGUGGUGUUUGGUGUACGUAACUACGUACUUCCGUCGGUCUGGUGUUCACAAUCAAAUUAAUGAAGUGUUCACAGUGAAAUUAAAGAAGAA